AAGAUGCUCCAAUCGUGCAUUCCUCUGCCGCUGGACGAAGCGCAGCUGCUGGAUGUUGUCGAGAAGGCGAAGGAUUGGGCCAUCAUGCACGGCGCAGCGAUGCGAUCGAAGCAGGACUUCAAUCCGGAUGCGUUGCUGUUUGCACCGUUCAUACUGACACCGUCCUCCUUUCCACGGAAAGAGUUCCAGAAGGCGGUCAAUCUGCAACCACUGCUGAACGAGCUGAUUCAUGCCGUUGCGCACGACAGUCAGUUUCUCCUGAGUACGCUCAGCUCCACGGAGAAGGUGGACGAGUUUACCCGCUCACUAAUCACCAUCUACCGUACGGUAUUGGACGAAGGUAUUGCUCAGACCGUAACGCUCGCACUACUGCGGUCAGAUUAUUUGCCCAACUUUUCGGAUGCCAUCAAGCAGGUGGAGAUAAACACGAUCGCCUCCAGCUUCGGCGGUAUUUCGACCAUUAUGACACCGAUGCAUAGCUAUGUUUUGUCGGAGCUUGGGCAUGAGGAAAAGCUGGCGAAUCUGCCAGAAAAUAAUGCCCUGUCUGGGUUGUGCGAUGCGAUGGUUGAGGCGUGGAAGUUACAGGAACGUCCGUCCGCUGCCAUCCUGUUCAUCGUGGAGGACGUGACGUACAACAUUUGCGAUCAGCGCUUUCACGAGUUUUACAUACGCAAGGCGUACCCGCACGUGACCGUUAUACGCCGUACGCUGACGCAGAUCAGUCAAACAGGAAAGCUGGGCAGUGGAAAGGAGCUGCUAAUCGAUGGUAUCGAAGCGAGUGUUGUGUACUUCCGGGCAGGGUAUGAACCGGGCCAUUACUAUGGGCAGGGUGAGUGGGACGCUCGGUUGCUGAUCGAACGUUCGGCUGCCAUCAAGUGUCCAUCGAUACAGUACCAUCUGGCCGGUACGAAGAAGGUGCAGCAGGCACUGGCACGGCCGGAAGUGUUGCGCCGGUUUGUUGGCGAUGAAACGAAGAUAGAAGCGAUACGGGACAUCUUCACCGGGCUGUACUCGCUCGAUCAGCACGAGGGCGGUGAUGAGGCGGUUGCACUUGCGCUGGCCGAUCCGGAACGGUUCGUGCUGAAACCGCAGCGCGAAGGUGGCGGUAACAACGUGUACGGUGAGGACAUUCCGGCCGCACUGAAGACGAUGAGUAGCGAUGAGCGUUCCGCUUGGAUACUGAUGGAGCGUAUCUUUCCACCGCUGUCGACCGGUUACAUGAUACGCCCGAAUGGACCAUCGCCGCCACCGUUGGUGCAGCUCGUUUCGGAGUUGGGCAUUUUUGGGACCAUCAUUGGCUCAAAGGACACCGUGCUGUACAACAAACAGGUAGGGCAUAUGCUGCGUACGAAACUGUCCACAUCGAACGAGGGCGGAGUAGCGGCUGGUUCGGGAGCUUUGGAUAGUCCGUAUCUUAUCGAUUAAGACACUCCACGGAUGCAUUUAUUUCGAUCCACAUUCGGUGCAAUUAAUG